UUCUGCGAUUUAAAGGUGAUGAACCAUUUUUGCCCAUAGAGUAAACUUAAUCUUGUCUAUUUGAAAACCUUUUUUUUUGUACAUUAUAAAAUACAGGAUAAUGGAAAUGCACAUGUUUUUCCUACUUUGGAUUUUUGUGAUGCCUUAUUUCACAGACACAACAACAGCUAAAGCUAAAAAUCUGGCUUUAUUUGGCAAGGCCACACAGUCGCACCUGGUUGGGAAUCCUUCGGCAGCAUUUGGCCACGCCAGUAAUGCUAUUGAUGGAAAUCGUGACUCAAUUUAUGAACAUGGAUCCUGUACUGCUACUCCUUUCCAAGAUGACCCAUGGUGGAGGUUAGAUUUAUUAGAUAAGUACGUCGUGACCUCCAUAACUAUCACGAACAGAAAAGACUGCUGUCCUGAAAGGCUUGAUGGAGCCGAGAUACGGAUCGGAAACUCUCUGCUGAACAACGGCAACAGCAAUCCAUUGGCUGGAAAGAUUUCAUCCAUUCCAGGAGGGAGAUCCCUCACUUUCAAAUGGGAAAAAGGCAUUCCAGGCCGUUACAUCAAUGUGGAAAUAACUGGUCGUAAUCGGCUUCUUACUCUCUGUGAGGUUGAGGUUUACGGUUAUCCAGCUCCUGAUGGUGAAAACGUGGCUUUAGGAGGAGUAGCUACACAGAGUUCCCUCCACUCACAUGGCUUUCCAUCCAAUGCCAUUGAUGGGAACAGAGAUGGUGUUUUCGGGCGUGGAUCUUGUACCCACACUGCAGCAGAGGUCAAUCCCUGGUUGAGACUGAACUUACUGAAAAGACACAAAGUGUUUUCAGUGGUUAUUACAAACAGAUUAGAUGGUGUUCCUACAAGACUAAAUGGGGCAGAAAUCAGAAUUGGCAACAGUCUGGACAACAAUGGCAAUAAUAAUCCCAGGUGUGCUACGAUCUCCUCCAUUCCUCCUGGGUUUUCCACCUCUUUUGACUGUGACGGGAUGGAAGGACGUUACAUUAAUGUUGUUAUUCCAGGACGGACAGAAUAUCUUACACUGUGUGAGGUUGAAGUGUACGGAUCACCACUGGAUUGAGAAGAACUUAAAAACAACAGG